AUGAAGUCCUUCAUCGCACUCGCCCUCGCCGCAUCGGCAGCAGCUCUGCCAUCUCUCAAGGGCGGCGAGGAGACCAUCCACUUCAGCGGUGUUGCCAUCCGCUCCGGUGGCGACAUUCAGUACGCCCCUAUCGCCGCCAACGGCUCGUCCUUCUGGCUCAACAAGGACACCGCGACCUACACCCCAGACAUCCCGCAAAUCCCGAUCAACAACAACAGGACCACCAGCACAGUCUUCAGCUUCUACCUCCCAGGCGAUACUCUGUCGCUCUACACAACCGUGCCAGGCGGUCAGCAAGCUUACGUUGCUGCUGACGGAAAGCUUAAGUUCACCAUCGCACACAGCGGCUACACUGGCAACGGAUCUGUCACACAGGGUUUCGGGAUUGCUCAGGGACACCUUCUGUUCGAGAACACUGGCUUCCUCGCUGUCGCGACCAAUGAGACUUCGAACAUUCCAGACAACAAGGGCACUGCUUACCAGAUCUACGCUGCCAGCCGUACCAACUUGACCGGUGAGGGCUUUGCGUUCCGUGCCAUUGCGGCCGACAACACCACUGUAUCUGCUUGGCAAUACGUGUAA